UAUAUACCUUUCCUAGUAGGAUUUUACUUUUAUGUUUUCUUGUUACUAAUUAUGCCUUUUCUUUUCAGCUUGGAGAAGUCUCUUAAUAUUACUUCUAUUACUGGUUGCAUGGCGAUGGACUCCUUUAAUUUUUUUGUCUGGGAACUCCUUAUCUCCCCUACAAUCCUGAAUGAUAACCUUGCUGGCUAGAGUAUUUUUGGUUAGAAAAAGAAAUUGGGAUAUAGAAUACCCAUCCUUACCAGGAGGGAGUCCACUGAAGUUCAGAAGAGCAGGUCUCAGGACAGUGGGGGCAACUGCCUCUCUCUCUGAAGCAUGGCUCAGGUGUGGAGAAGGAUUUCAGGACACUCCUGGGACCCUGUUGUUAACGGCUGAAAAGAAGAUUGUUACAGAGAAGCACCUUGAAUUAUCCCUGAGACCCAAGGAAGAAACUGCUGCAUCUAAGAGUACCAGUGGACUUACAGAUAUAACAUGGAGUUCCAGUGGAAGUGAUGUGUCAGAUGAGGAUAAAACGCUUUUUAAAUCACAAAGCGAUAAUGGACAUAGUUCUAGGAUAGACAGAUUUUCUAAUAGGAACAAGAAUAUUUUAUGUACAGAAGAUGGGGCCAGUGAAGAUAAACUACAGUUUAUUGACUGGGAGAUUGACAGUGACAGGGAAGAUACUAGUGAGUAUAAUGAAUUUGAAGACUGUGAGAGUGUUGUGGAAAUAUCAGACUGUGCUUCUUGUUCAAGCAAUCAUUCUUCGACUAGUGAAGAGGGGUUCUCUGAGCUCUUGAAGAGAAGUUCUACAGAAAUUUUGGAAUAUUCAUCAGAUAGUGAAAAGGAAGAUGACUCAGAAAAUGUCUUGUUCAUUGAUUCAGAAUCCUCUCCCAAAAACCACAUGGAUUUUGGAACUGAUGUUAGAGAGGUGAUGGAGAGACCAAUAAGGCGGAAGGUGAAAUCUGCAGAGACCAUUUUGUACACGCCCCAGAAGCAGACGUUUCCCAGGACUCCAGGACCAUCAGCAAAGAUGAAGCUUCUAAGAGGCGGGCUAGCAGAAAGACUAAAUGGACUGCAAAAUCGAGAGAGAUCUGCCAUUUCUUUAUGGAGACAUCAAUGUGUUUCUUACCAAAAGACACUUUCAGGUAGAAAAUCUGGCAUAUUAGUUGUGAAAAUUCUAGAGCUGCAUGAGGAAUGCACCAUCCAAGUUGCUAUGUGUGAGCAGUUAGCAGGGAUGCAAGCCGACAGCUCUUCUCUAGGUCAGGCCCCCAGCACUGGACUGAAGGUGCUGUUCACCAAGGAGACUGCUUGCCAUCUCAGGGGACAUCCCCAAGACAUCAUCCAUAUUUACCCUCCCUGCUCCACUUCCAAAUGCACACGGGUCCAGGACUUCUUGCCACCUCUACUGUCAGGACGUUUCCAGUUUCAGGUGUGCAAUAUUGUGAGUCAACAAUUCUGUACAUUACUCAGUGCUCAUCACAAUAAGAGUACUCUCAAACCUCUUCAUCUAUUUCACCCAUCACCACACCAACCUCCCCUCAGGCAAAAGCUUGUUAUCCCAAAUGGAAGUUGCCCUGUUAUUCUGAAUACUUAUUUUUGUCAGAAAAUUGUCACCAAAGAAGAUUCAAAAAUAAUACAUGAAGUGCACUGUUGGGACACACCCCUUCCAAGAAGAAGUAUCACUUUGGCCCAGAUGUUUAUAUUUAAGAAUCUAACAAUUAAAUCUCCUGAAGGCCAGGUUAUGUGUAGUGAUCUCACUACCAUGAGGACAGAAUGCACCCGUGGACAUGAGGAAACCAAGCAAUGCUUCCCGGCUCAAGCUCCCCUGAGGGACUCUCUUCUGGAUGCAGUGGAAAGCCAGGGAGCUGCCCCAGGGUCAGGAGUCAAGGUCCGAGUGGUGGUACAAAGAGUUUACUCUCUUCCCUGCAGGUAUCAUCAGGGAGGUGGCUCAGCUGUUCCACCAGGCCCAGACCCAUCCAGAGCUCGAGUCUGCCUUCUCGUGCAAGAUGCCUAUGGAAUGUUCAGUGAAGUAUACUCUGAGGGCGCCAUCUUGAAAGACCAACAGUUGGAAGGGAAAUCCUGCAGCCUGAUGGGAAUGAAGGUUCUACAGAAGGCUACCAGAGGAAGGACAGCAGGGCUUUUCAGCUUGAUUGACACCAUGUGGCCUCCAGCCAUGCCUCUGAAAGCACCUGGCCGUGGCCAAGCCCAUGAAGAGGUAGAAACUCGUGUGCCUCCUCCUAGCUUCUGUUACAUCCUCUCUGCUCAUCCAAGUGUGGGACAGAUUGAUGUCAUAGAAGAAGACCGCAUUUCUAAGCUUUACCAACCUCCAGUUACCCGCUGCUUAAGAGAAAUUCUUCAGAGCGAUGACCACAGUACACGUUGCAGUUUCUAUGCCAGAGUGAUUUAUCAAAGAUCACAGCAAAGGGAGAUUUGGCUGAUGGUGACUGAUGUCACCCUGCAGAUGCAGGAUGAGAAUAACUCCGGCCUCCCCAAAACUGUACCAGUCUGUGUGGCCCCCUCAUGUGUGCUGAGCCAGGAAGUCGUGGAAGCACUCGCCGAGGCUACCCCUCACAGCUUCCUCUUCAGGGACACUCUCCGAGCCCAGGGUCAGAUUGUUUGUGUUGAACGAAGUGUCCUUUUGCUUCAAAAGCCCCUUUGGGGUAUGGCCUCCAGUGCUCCCUCCUGUGAACUGACCAGCCCUGUGAAGCUCAAUGAACUGGAUUCUGUCACUCAGGUCAACUCCAUUUGCAGCGUUCAAGGCACUGUGGUUGGUGUGGAUGAGAGCACGGCUUUCUCAUGGCCCACCUGUGACCUGUGUGGCAACGAGAGACUGGAGCAGAGCCCAGGAGACAGAGGCGCCUUUUCCUGUGGGGACUGCUCCCGCGUGGUCAUCUCUCCUCUUCUCAGAAGGCACUUGCAGGUGUUCCUGGACUGCCCCUCUCGCCCCCAGUGCGCAGUGAGGGUCAAGCUGUCCCAGGCCAGUAUUUCUUCGCUCCUGAGGUUCGCCGCCUGCGAAGAUGGGAGUUAUGAAGUGAAGAGUGUCCUCGGAAAGGAGGUGGGGUUGUUGAAUUGUUUUGUCCGGUCCGUAACCACCCACCCGGCUAGCUGCGUUGGAUUGGAGGAAAUUGAGCUCCUGACUGCAGGAAGAGCCUCUUCCCGACACUGCCCGUCGCCACAGGAGCUGUGAACUUUGUGAUGCAGCGGAGGUGGUGGUGGUUUGGGGUAGUUAUUUGUUAACUACGGGCAGAGUGAGUGUACUGUAUGAUCUUGAAAUGGAACUUAGAUUUUUCUAGGGCAAAUGUUAGCAAGAUAAUUUGGUAAACUAUACCUCAAAAUGCUUUUUUCUACAGUUAUAUUUUACGACCUUUCUGCAAAUUCAGGAACAUGUUACAUUAAAACUUAACUAAGCUUGAGGCCUUCAUUUUGUACUUCAUCUUAGGCAGUAUUAAAACAGCAAGAAAAAAAUUCUGCUCACUUGUAAUUUUUAAGUGUUUAAAACUGUUACUCCUAAAGUAUAGAUAAGUUACCUGCUGUGAUUCUCGCUAUACCUAUAGGCCUGUUUAAUCAUGCUGGGUACUGUGCACAGAGAGCCGAGAUUACAGACUCAAGAGGAGUGAUUGGUUAUUGUUGGCUUUGUUGGCAGAGAUUUAAAGUAACACGAAAUGAUGAAUAAAUUGUCUUUAGACAAUAAA